GAAUAAUUCGUCUGAGGGAUGGAUUUCAUGAUCGCUACCCGGUGGAAGAUUACCUUGACCUGUUUGACUUAGCAGCACAUCAGAUUCAGAGUGUGCUGCAGAGCGAAGCAGUGAAAGAGCGUGGGAAGAUGAACAACAUCAUAAUUGGGGAGGCCAGUGCCUCGACGAUGUGGGACAACAACGCUUGGAUUUUCUUUUAUGACAACAGUACUGAAGGAGAACCUCCCUUCUUAAUCCAGGAUUUUAUCCAUGCCUUCCAACCAAAUGCCAAACUUAUCAUCAUGCUGAGAGACCCCGUUGAAAGAUUGUACUCCGAUUAUCUGUACUUUGCAAGUGCUAAUAAAUCGGCGGAAGAUUUUCAUGAAAAAGUGGCAGAAUCACUGCAGCUGUUUGAAAAUUGCAUGCUGGAUUACUCACUGAGAGCCUGUGUCUACAACAACACCCUGAACAACGCCAUGCCC